GGCAGAAUAGUGGUACCCUUCUUGUUACUUGAACCAUGGCUGGACUUCGUGCUUGCAUUCUUCUGGCUCUUGCCACCAGUGCCUUCGCCGGUUACCUCCAUGGUGGCCUUAGCCACGGAGCUGGGUACGGCUACGGUGUCGGCUACGGAACUGGCCAUGGCUACGGCCUUGGAUAUGGUGCCGGCCUUGGCUAUGGUGCCGGCCUUGGCUACGGCCAUGCUGUUGGCCUCGGACAUGGAUUUGGCUAUUCUGGUCUGACCGGCUACAGUGUCGCUGCCCCAGCCAGCUAUGCCGUUGCUGCUCCAGCUGUUAGCCGCACCGUGUCCACUUACCACGCUGCUCCAGCUGUGGCCACCUACGCGGCUGCUCCAGUCGCAACCUACGCUGCUGCUCCAGCUGUGACUAGGGUUGCCACCUACGCCGCUGCUCCGGUCGCAACCUACGCUGCUGCUCCAGCUGUGACUAGGGUUGCCACCGUUCACGCCGCCCCAGCUGUGGCUUCCUACGCCGUCGCUCCCGUCGCCACUUACGCCGCUGCUCCAGCUGUGGCCAGGGUGUCGACCAUCCACGCUGCUCCAGCUGUUGCUAGCUACCAGACCUACCACGCUCCAGCCGUUGCCACUGUGGCUCAUGCUCCAGCUGUGGCCAGCUACCAAACCUACCACGCUGCUCCAGCCGUGGCUACCUACGCUCACGCCGCUCCCGUCUACGGCUAUGGAGUCGGCAACCUCGGAUACGGCGUUGGCCACUACGGCUACGGACACGGUCUUGGAAGCUACGGCCUGAACUACGGUUACGGCCUCGGCACCUACGGUGACUACACCACCCUUCUCCGCAAGAAGAAGUAAACCGGAACAUCUCAAGAGUGCCGAUCAGACUGCCUUUCACAUGGUUCUUAAAUAAAAGCACCCGAAAGAGCACUAUUCA